CUUUGUAAAAAUCUGUGAAUACCUUCAUUUCUCUUCAUAUAAUCGCAUCCAAAAUUUAAAAUGUCAAAGCCAGCAAGCUCCUACCUAGCCAUCCCACCAGGCGAUCACUGCCUCUCAGGAAACAUCCACACAGGCGAGACCCGCGGGAAAAUAGAGACCAUCGAAGAAGCACCAACCUACAUCACGAGUCCUCACCCCGGAAAAGGAAAUGGGAAUAUCCUCUUUUACUACCCGGACGUUCAUGGCUUUUAUAACAAUGCUAUGUUAUUGAUGGACGCCUUUGCCGAUGCUGGGUACACCGUCUUUGGCAUCGAUUACUUCAGAGACGAUCCAGUCUGGAAACACAGAAAAGACAAAGACGACACAACGACAGACCCCGACUUCGACCACGCUGCUUGGCGCACCAAACACUCAACCUUCGCCAAGGCCACGGUCCCCAAAUGGACCAAAGCCAUUGCUGAGACCUACGGCACCUCCACCACCAAAUACUGCUGCGUAGGCUACUGCUUCGGGGCCCCCUACUCCAUGGACUCCCUCACAGCCUCUAGCUUCAUCUCCGCGGGCGCCUUCGCGCACCCCGGCUCGUUGACCGACGAGCAAUUUCAAAAUCUAGGAAAACCACUCCUGCUCUCCUGCGCGGAGAACGACCACGCGUUCCCGGUCGAGAAACGGAUCAGAGCACAGAAGAUUCUGCAAGAAGGAGGCAAGAAGUAUCAGUUCCAGCUUUUUCAGGGGGUUAGUCACGGGUUUGCUGUCAGGUGCGAUUUGGAGGAUCCGUAUGAGAGGUUUGUGAAGGAGCAGAGUUAUAGGGGGAUUGUGGAGUGGUUUAAUUUCUGGUUGGCGCAAUGAAGGAAUGGGAAAUUUUGUAUUGCUAUCGAUUGUUACUAGCUUCGUUGAGCCAUUUCUGAAUCCUUGAUAGUGCCAGGCGAGGUAAUCCUUUGUAUCUCUCC